AUGGCGGCUCAGCGUAUCCGUGCGUCGAGCAGCAGUAAUCCGGUCCUGCCCCGCUGCCGCUCCGAGGGGACCCUCAUCGACCUGAGUGACACCGUGUCCGAGGCCUCGCUCACACAAGUCACAGUGCCUUCUCCCAGUGCCUUGCGGUUGGAUUCCACCACUUCCUUCAGUGCAGCCCGAGAAGUAGUGGCCAUCAAGGACUACUGCCCGUCCAGCUUCACCACGCUCAAGUUCUCCAAGGGGGACCGCCUUUAUGUGCUGGACUCUUCUGGAGGCGAGUGGUGGUACGCUCAUAACAACACCGAGAUGGGCUACAUCCCAGCGGCCUACGUCCAGCCCCUCAACUACCGCGACUCCUCAUUCAGCGACAGCGGUAUGAUCGACACCCUGGGAGACAUCAGCGAGGACCCUGCCAAAGAGCUGGACCUUCUGGGAGAAUGGCCUGGCGGCAUCCUUAAACCACAGUUCAAAAACCCUAUUGUUCACAGCUCCACAAACCCCUUUCUCAACACCACACUGGACCAGAACAGCAAUCAAAGCUCUGUAGAUCUGCUCUUCUUUGACACUCCUCCUGCAGACUUUGGAAGCAGUGUUUUGAGCCCACUCACUCCGGCAGGUUUUGGCCCAUCCACGCGCAGGGACAACCCAUUUUUCAGGAGCAAGCGAUCUUACAGUUUGUCGGAGCUGUCCAUCCUGCAGUCUCAGAGCGAUAAUCCACAGACUACGGGUGGUUUCUUUGGGGCUUUGAAAGCUCCUGCGCCUGAGCAGUUCCAAAGCAGAGAAGACUUCAGGGAGGCUUGGCUAACUCAUCGAAAACUGGCCAGGUCUUGUCAUGAUUUGGACUCACUCGGACAAAAUCCCGGCUGGGGUCAAACGCAACCUGUGGAGACCAAUAUCGUUUGCCGGUUAGAUCAUUCUGGCGGUGCGGUCCAGCUUCCGGAUACAAACAUCAGCAUCUUUAUCCCAGAAGGCCACGUUCUACCAGGAGACACGCAGCAGAUCUCCAUGAAAGCUCUACUGGACCCUUCACUCGAGCUGAACAAUGACCGCUGCACCACGGUCAGCCCGGUGGUAGAGAUCAAGCUAAGCAACAUGGAAACCAAGAGCACGCUGACGUUGGAGAUGAAGCUGUCUGUGGUGCUGAAGAUGGAAAGCAGACAAAGCACAGAGGUCCUGUGUGUGCGAAGCGACUGCAAAGAAGGCCCGUACACCCCUGUCCCCCAAGCCUACAUUUACGGAGACACAGUCCAAGUCAGCCUAGAUAAUUUGGAACCUUGCAUGUAUGUGUGUGUGGUAGCUCAGUCCAAGUCCCUGGCUGUUGACACCACUGUUUGGGAGCAAGUGGUCAAGAAGAUCACGCUUGGAGUGUAUGGACCUAAGCACAUCCAUCCGCUCUUUAAAACCGUUGUGGCCAUUUUCGGUCAUGACUGUGCUCCAAAGACGCUGCUGGUGAAUGAGGUUGGGAAGCAAGCCCAGGCAGCUCCUACUGUGUCUCUCCAGUUGUGGGGGAAGCACCAGUUUGUCCUCUCCAAGCCCCAGGACUUGUACGUUGGGGUCUACUCCAACAUGGCUAACUACAAGGUUAAGCCCAGCGAGGCCAAGGUGGUGCGGGGCUUCCAGGUCAAACUUGGCAAAGUCAGCCACCUGGUCUAUGUCAUCUCGUCACAGAGCGCAGAGGAGCUGUCUGACUUCACCCUACGUAUCCAGGUGAAAACCGAUAACGACCGGAUUCUCGCACAGUUUUGCGUUCAGACCCCAACUGCACCUCCCAAAGCAGGGCCCAAGAGCUCAGUGCAGCGUAGGUUCCUCAAGAAAAAAGAGGUGGGAAAGAUUGUACUUUCUCCACUCGCCAUCACCACAAAGUAUCCUGUGUUUCAUGACCAAACAAUUAAUAAUCUGAAGUUUGGAAAGUUAAUUAAAACGGUCAUCAGGCAAAAUAAGAACCAGUACUUAUUGGAAUAUAAAAAGGGUGACUUUGUGAUGCUCCUUAGUGAGGAGAAGAUCAGGCUGAAGGGCCAGCUGUGGACCAAGGAGUGGUUUAUAGGAUACUGUCAGGGAAAAGUGGGUCUGGUCCACGCCAAGAACUUGCUGAUUGUUGGAAAACUGAAACCCAUUUACUUCAACGGGCCUGAGCUCACCACGUCAGUGCUGCUGGAGCAACUCUUAAAACCUUCCAAAUUCCUGACUUACAUCUACGCCUCAGUGAGGACGAUCCUGAUGGAGAACAUUGGGGACUGGAGAGCCUUUGCCGACGCACUGGGGUACAAGAACCUACCUCUGACACACUUCUGCAGGACGGAGCAGGACAGCGAGCCUGAGAAAGUGGCCUCUGUGCUCGAGAAACUCAAGGAGGACUGUAACAACGCUGACAGUAAAGAGAGGAAGUCCUUCCAGAAGGAGCUGCUCACACGUCUGGGCGGAGGGGCUUAUCUCCCUCCAGAGAAAGAGGAGGAAUGUCAGGCAUUUGAGUGGGCAGAGGCUGGAGCGAAGAGGGGGGGUGAGGGGGUGGUGGGGGUGAGGGGAGUGGAGGGGGUGAGGGGAGUGGAGGGGGUGAGGGCGGUGAGCGAGGAGGUUGGCGUGAGUGAGAUGGUAGGGUGA